AUGACAUCUAGUACGCUUCAACCACACCCGUCUCGGUAUGCAUGGAAGCAGAAUUGGUCUGCACGUGCUUACAAACUGACCGACCCUACGUAUCCCCUAGAAGUUCAUGAAAAGCAGACAGGUUCUUCAAAUGCAGAAGUCGCCCAAGUACCAAUUACGGGAAUUGUUGAACGGAGGUACAAAGAAUUUCCCGGAAAGACACUGUUUUUUUGUAAUGGCCGGAUUCAAAUGGCCAAUCAAUUUAAAUACUUGAUCAUUACCAUAUGCUGCAUUUCCAUUCCUUCAGGCUUGUUCUUUGGUUUCACUGCUCCAUGGCUUUGGCGUAAUAUAUCUCCAGCAUUACCACUUACAUUUGCCUAUAUAUUGGCUAUUGCAUUGUCGUCCAUGUUUAAAACAUGCACCUCUGACCCUGGCAUCAUUCCGCGAAAUACACAUGUUUUAACAUAUGAUCCUCUGCACCCAUGGUCUACUAUUCCGGAGGAUCGUGAAGUUGUCAUCGGGUCAACGCGCCCAGAUGCGGCGUUUCUCGUCACCCUUCGGUAUUGCCAUACUUGUCAUGUUUAUCGCCCUCCUCGUGCGAGUCAUUGCAGUAUUUGUGAUAACUGCGUUGAAUAUUCAGAUCACCACUGUAUCUGGCUCAAUAAUUGUAUAGGUCGCCGCAAUUACCGCUAUUUUUACAUUUUCCUCCUAUUCAUAUUCUUGUCCGCCGUAUACAUGUCUGUGCUCAGCUUUUAUAUGGUAUUUAAGAGCUACAACCGUUCUUCUGGGGUCAGCUUCUCCCGUUAUCUGCGAAAACCAACAGUGGGAAUGUCGUUUUUUCUCGCUUUGUGUUCUUGCAUAGGUUGCACGUAUCCUGGUCUUUUGGCAGGUUACCACUGUUAUUUGAUAGCCAGAGGACAGACGACCCAUGAAUAUUUACGCGCCCAAAGUACGGACACACGAGAUCCAAGACCGUAUAAUAAUAGCGCCAUCCGAAACUUUGUUAUCGUUUUAUGUCGACCAAAAAUUGUCAGCUACAUCCGACCCCGGAGGAAGUCUUAUAUUUGA